UUCCCUUAGACAAUAUGCGAAAAAUAAGCCAAUGGGCAUUUUGUCUUUUGGUGAAGUGAAAAAAUAAAAGUCCUUUGGCAAAAAUGAUUUUUAACACAAUGAAAGACGAGAGACUAUAAGGGGAAGAGAAAAAGAGUAAAAAUAAAAUUUUUUUAGGAAGUACGGUUUUUGUUGGACACACCCAAAUAGGCGCGCGCCAUAAAGGCGCAAAGCCAUAAGUUGCUAGAAAAUUUCUGGCCCUUAUCAAUUUUGGUACCAAUCUCUUUAGCUCGAUGAGAGGAAUCGUUAAAUACUAAAUUUGGUAAGAUUCGGAAAUUUUGAAGCAAGUUAUGGCUUUGCGCCGUUAUGGCCGCGCGCCGAAUUUGGGCUGUACCCGUUUUUGUGGAUAAUUUAAAGACAAUUCUUAUAUUUCUUCAAUAAAAUGUUAAUUCCACAAGCUGACAGAAAAAAGAUUUAUGAACAUUUGUUUGAAGAUGGAGUGUGUAUUGCAAAGAAGGAUUACGUCUCGAAGUCGCAUCCGGAAAUUAAGGGUGUUCGCAAUUUGUAUGUGAUUAAAGCACUUAAGAGUUUGACAUCCAAAGGCCUUGUUAGAGAACAGUAUGCUUGGCGCCAUUACUACUUUUAUUUGAAAGAGGACGGUGUUCCUUAUUUGCGUGAAUAUCUUGGCUUGCCCGAAGAUGUUUUGCCAAAUACGCAUAAACAGCGUACUGAGCCUUCGAGAAUGUCGUAUCCGGAUAAGAUGGGAGGUGGAGGUGCAGGACGAGGUUUUCGUUCUGGUGACGAUCGUGGAGCUUAUCGUACAAUGGGUGAUAAGCAAGCAGAUGCUGGACCUGGCUCUAUGCCUGUUCGUCAAGGAUUUGGUCGUGGAGGGCCGCCAACUUCAGUUCCAACACCGCCACCACAGGAGCCGCAAGGAGGUGACGAUGGAGGAAAUUUUACGACUGGAGAUAGUGGCUGGUAA